AAGAUGAGUGAAGUGAAAAGAUUGCAAUGUUCAGUAAACUAACUGAAGGAAUAAAUUAAAUUGACAAUUUUCAUCAACUUUUUUACUAUUCUGUUUUAUCCAUCAAUUUGACUUUGAUUUUAUUCAUUUCAUCAAAUAUCACCAAUUCAGAGAUGAAUUUAAUCUGACGGGUUAAUUUGUUACCUUUCUUUGUGUUUUUACUUUUACAAGACUUUUUUUUUCACGCUGUGACCAUUUUUUCUUGUGUCAAAUGUAAAGCACUUUUAGGCUCAUUCAAACGUCUACCAAUUAGAUUAUUUCAUCAUCUUCAUCAUGGAUCUUAUAGAUCAAUUCAUCAACUCAUCUAUAGCUAGCCCUGGGGGUGACUUUAAGAUGUCACUUGUUGCCAAAUAUUUUCACCAAGUACCCCACAAAGAUAUCCAUUUCAACUGGGUUAACGCUACCUUCGAUUUAAAUGAUAACCAAUAUCAAGAAGCCCUUGGAAUAAUAGUUGCCAUCCCUGGCUUUUGGUUAAUUUUGACUCUUUUAUUCUUUCUUAUCUUCUUUCUUUGUCGAUGCUGUGAUGUUAAUUCAAAGAAGAAGAAAAAGUUGACAUGCUGUAAAUGUUUCCUUUUCCUUUUUACAAUUCUUUCUAUUGGAGUCAUUACAGUCGGCCUUUAUGGUAAUUAUGUGACCCAUGAAGGAAUGAUUAAAGUACAAAACUCAACAUCUAAGAUUGCUCAAGACAUCGAUGAUAUGAAUAAAUUAGCUGCAAUAGUUGACAAGACUUUCGAAAAGGAUAUCCACGAUAAUUUAAAUCUUGCUCUUAAUCGGGUAACUGGUCCCAUCAUGAAAAAUUAUACCCUCGUCAAUUUUAUUCACGCAAAAAUUGAGGAAAUGAAACGCAAUACCAACUCUGCAAGCUCAAUAAUUACCGAAAUGAGAGGUAAAAUUUUCAAUAAAGCCAACUUCGAUCAAAUUGAAAACCUCAAUGUUCCCGAAAAAGAAAUGAUCCGUACUCUGGCCACAUGGGCUGUACUCAUAUCUCUUCUUUUCAUUGGUUUGAUUCUAAUCUGUGGUGUUUGCCGUCACUCAAGAUGUAUGCUGAUCUUGUUUUCCGUCCUUGGUUUACUCUCUCUAGUAAUUUGUUGGGUUUUGACUUCAGUCUACAUUGGUUUUUGUGUUGCUGUUUCUGAUUUCUGUAUGGAUCCUGAACCCUUCAUCUACAAGUAUCUUCCUAGAGAAAGCUUCCUCCUCGAUUAUUACAUCAAAUGUGGAACAAUCGAUCAAAAAUCUCGAAUAACAGAUAAUAUUUAUGAAAAACAAUCUACUGAUAUUUUGAUGAACCUGGAUAAAAUAGCCCUCAACCACGAUGAGAUUAAAUCACAUUGUAGAUCAAAUUGUUCCGAUCUUAUGUUCAAGCAACACAUGUCACACAUUGUCAAUGGAAUGAACUUCGUACGAGCUCAAUUGAACAAAUUCGGCCAAUAUUCUAACUGCCAGAGAAUCCAUGAAAGUUAUAAACAUUCAAUGAAUCACUCUUGUAAAGAUGUUUUGGAAGGUGUCUCCCUCAUGUUGGCAUCUUCAUCUGUAACUGGCUUAAUAUUCACUCUUCUUGUCCUUUGUGCUUCCCACACUUGGAUAAACAUUCGGAUAAAACGGAAUAAAGCCAUGGCGGGCGAUGCUUCUGAAGAAACAGCACCAUUUUUGGCUCCUGCCUCAGCAUCGUCCACCGUAUCCUCAUCAACUGGAAAUUUAAAGCGCACUCGAGAUAAUUAUGCUGCUGCUAGUGGCCCAUCAUCAAGACCAAGAUAUAGUCAUACUCCACCUCAGACUCCUCAUUUUGUACCUGGUCCCAAUUAUAUGGCGAAUGCACCACCACUCGGACCCCAAUCAACAAAUGGUAGGUCUGUUAACCGGGACGAACAGUUAUCCUUUUUAACACCUCCUCCUUCAUAUGAACAAGUUGGACAGCAAGGUCUUCAAGGACACCAAAUGCAACACCAUCAUGGCCACCAACCUUUAGGCCAGCCACAUUAUGUUGCGGACAAUGAUUUGGUGAUGAGAGCAACUCAAGCGACCAAAUUUUAAUCCUGUCAUCCACUUUCAAUGUCCUUUCUUAUCAUCAUCAUUACAAUCUUGAAACUAUCUUAGCUCAUCCUGAUUCAUGACAAAGUCAGGCCAGCCAACAGCAAAAAAAAGUUUGUGUUUCGUUUCAUUGAAGAUACCUCUGACUCCAUCUGUAUUUUCAUUUAAAUUAACUUAAUUUCAAUUCCUUUACGCAUUCACUUAUCAUUAUGCACAAUCGGAUGGUGAAGUGAUUGUCAUUUCUUAAGCCUUUUUCACCCUUGCCAUCACCCUUGUUCAACAUUUGAAACUGUGUUUACAUGUUUUAUCCUUGACUCUAUUUUUUGUUGGUUGGACAAAAAAAAGAGAGUAAAACCAGAAUCCAUAACAACUUUUCCUUUGCCUUUUCCAUUCUUAUUCUCAUAAUCACAUAACAUCCCGUUCAGUCAACCUUUUCUAGUCUUUUCACUAUCGCCUGAGUUUGCCUUUUCUUCCUCCCAAUUAUCGAUCUCACCAUGUUCAUCAUCAUGCGCAUCCUUCGUAACAAUAAUCAACAACAUCCCAGCAACUCAUUUCUUUCCAUCUUCUUAUGCAGCUCUUCAUCCUCCUUCGAUCAUCACUGCUAUCAUCCUUUUCCCAUCUUUUUUUUGUGCAUCUUUUUCUUUCUCUUUCUCCAUAACCACUUCCUCAUCACUAGGGGUACCUUUCAUCAUUAUUAUUACAUUCCGAAAUUGUAAAUUACCAUCAUCAUUAUCACUUCAACUUGGUUACAAAUUUGCAAAAUUGAACAAUUGAUUAUCUAGUAUCAAAAAAUUAAUGCUGAGUGUUGAAAAUAAUCAGCCAUCAAAAAGAGUAAAAUUAUCAGAAAAUCAGUCAACUAUCCAAAAUCGUCCCUUGAUGAACAUCUUUAAAUGAGGAAAAACGCUUCAAUUGCAAAGUUCAUUUAACAUUAAUUUCAAAACAAGAUACAUAGUGCACAGUUAAUGUACAUUAAACGGUCACCUUUUUCAUCGUUUUCAUUCGUUGAUUUUUCAUCUGAUCCAACCAUCAUUUUGAACAAACAAUAAAUUUUGAUGGAACAUGCAAAUAAAGGAUUGUUUCCGUAAGGUAAAGAUCAUCAUCAUCAGGAAGGCAAACCUUACUUGUUAUUGCAACUGUUCAACUUGAUUACCAUCGUCCAUUGUAAAUUUACUUCAUCUUCAUCGUCACCAGCAGCAUUAUCAUCAUCAUGGUUUUCAUCUUCAUCAAUAUCAUCUUUAUCCUGAAUGAACUUCCUUAUACAUAAUAUAUAUAUAAUACAUUAUACGAGAUGGAUACCUUUAGACACAUUGACAGUACUUUGUUUACUCUGGGAUGAUUAGCUGUCAAUAAUAUCUCUUCCUGAUCACCAGUAAACUCUUUUUUCUUCAUCAUAUUCAUAGAUCAACGUAAACAAUCAAGUAACCUGAUGCUUUCACAGUUAUCAUCAAUAUCAAUUGUAAAAAAAUAAUAUUAAUUAUUGUAAUAACUAAAUAAGGAUCACAUUAUCGGCUCAGUUUCUGUCUUUCCUUUUCUUGUCUUGGGUCAAGAAACCAAUAAAAUGGACAGGAAAGUUGCACCAUUAUCAUCACCAUCAUCAUCAUCAUCAUCAUUCACCGCCAUAACUACACAACAUUGUCAUCUUUUCAACCUCAUUGGAAUGAUCAAAAGACUUACAUAACCAUGAUGACAACACAAACCAAAUCAACUCCAGCUCAUUCUCAUUGUUUGCCAAAUCUUUUAAUUUUGAGAAAACAAAAUAACAAUUACAUCAACAGAACAGAACAAAAAAUGAACACAAUUUUUUGAUUCAAUGUAGACUCACUUUUCUGUUCACCAUAAUAGAUUAUUAUACAUAAAAACAAAUAAUGAACCAGAUUCUUGAGAAAAAAAAGAAACAGAUAAAGUCUGAUUGUUUACAUAAA